UAUAAUGAUUUUGUUACUUUAAUUGUAAUUGAAAAAAAAUUUACUCUCACCAUUUGCUCGUUGGUUCAAUGGUGUAUAUGAAGGUUGACAUAAGCUUCUUCGCAAUCGAUAGCCCCAAUAGUUCCUCCAGCAAAUGGCGACGUAAUAAAAAGUCUAACCUUCGAAGACAACAUUGAACGGUUGACUGCUUCUAUCACGCGAUGAAUUCAAUAGCUUACUGACGACUGACUUAUGGGUAUUCCCCAUUGCUCUCCGGCGGGACGUUGGUAGCAUCCAGUUGCAAAGAAUCGAAGAAGGCUAGAACGUUUGAACAUUUUAAUAGUGUAAAAACAGAAAAAAUAUUUAAAAGCUACAUAUAUUACUAUCUGUUUCUCCGUAGCUAAUGCUGUUUCUGCCUUUUAAAACUCAGUUGCAUUCAAGUGGAAACGAUUUUCAACUUCCGGAUGAAGUGUACAAUACCUCCUCAUCUUGGGAUAAAACUUGGUAUUUCGGCCCCAUGACCCGUCAAGAUGCUACCGAAGUGCUAAUGAGUGAACGGGACCGCGGUGUAUUUCUAGUGCGUGAUAGUAACUCCAUAGCUGUUGAUUUUCUAUUGUGUGUAAGAGAAGACACUAACUAUAUUAUCAACAAGAUACAGCAACAGGAUCAAACUUUUUAUCGAGUAGGGGAUCAGUUAUUUGAAAAUUUACCAAAACUGCUCUUUUUAUACAUGCACUAUCUUGACACUACACCCCUUCAUCGUCCUGCACCAAAGAAGCCCGAAAAAGUUAUAAGAAGAUAUGACUUUGAAAGUAGUGACCAAGAUGAUCUCCCUUUUCGACGUGGUGAAAUUUUGACUAUAAUUCGUAAAGAUGAGGAUCAAUGGUGGACAGCAAAAAAUCAGCAGGGACAAAUUGGACAAAGACCUGUACCUUAUGUUCAAAGAUGUGAAGGUAAUACAGAGGACCAUAGCAUUGAUCGGCCUUUAUUGAGUUUAAGCAAUUGUGGUAUUAUGUUAGGUCCGAGUAACAAUCAGCGUUCUGCGCUUUUCGCUAGUGUAACAUGUAAAAGUGACGCCACUAUUCACCCAACCGCCACAAAUUGCCAUCAACUAAGCAAUUCGCUUAAAACGUCCGAUUUAAAUCGAAAACUACCAGCCUAUGCACGUGUGAAACAACCCCUUGUUGGAGCUAUAAUUAAGGUAACGAAAACGAAUAUAAACGGCCAAUGGGAAGGAGAGCUUAAGGGUAAAACAGGUCAUUUUCCAUUUACACAUGUUGAGUUUAUUGCCGACUGCGAUCCUCUACACAAGACAGAAAAUAAUACAACAGAUGUGCACUCUGUGCCAUCCGCGAAUAAUUUAAUUUAA